AGUUUGCAAAUGAGCGCUGCCAGACACGAACAUAGAACAAAUUUAGGUCCCGUGGUCUCCACUCCUCAGGAGGACAAUUCUUUUUUUUUAAACCCAUCUCUUCUGUGAAAAGUGCAUGAAUUGGGCAAGAAAAAGGCACUUGUGUGCGUUGUGGGGAGUAUGAAAAUGUGGAAAAGACGUGAAAAUGGUGUGUAAGGGUGAAAAAUAGAGAUUUCCAUGCAAUUUUCUUCAGAUAUGGAGCACUAUUGUGUGUAGCCGACCUGUGGGGAUACGGAAAAGUGUGGAAAAUGAAGUAAAAAAAAAGGAAGAAUUGUGAUUUGCCGAAUGUAUGAUGGGAUACGGUAUGUGCAUAUGUCAGUGAGGAUUGCACUUUCAGAUGAUUGCAGAUUCAUGGUGCAUCAAACCUUCGGCAAUGGAGUGAAUUAUUCAUAAAAAAAAUGGAAUAUAUGUUUGUGGAAUAUGAAGUUGGAUUUUUUGGCAAGGUACCGAUAAACAAACCCAAAAUGUGAAUGGAAGAGCGCCGCAGGGGUGUUGCAGUUCACACUAUAUUCCAGAUAUGAUAAAGGAGAUGUCGCUUGUGACUACUGAUGUUCCUCAGCAGCAUGACAACUUCACAGUACAAUCGUCUGACUCUCGAUUUAUCGGCCCUAAUUCUUCAACGUCCAUCAUCGAACGAAUUACCGCCGCCGAUGAAGACAACAGCAAAUUAUUCAUAAUAGUUCUCUGUAUUAAGGGUUUUAUAUUUGGAACGAUUAUUCUCGGAGCUGUACUUGGCAAUGCGCUCGUAAUAAUUUCCGUUCGAAGAAACCGGAAAUUGAGGGUUAUCACAAAUUACUUUGUAGUCUCACUGGCGAUGGCCGAUAUGCUGGUAGCCCUCUGUGCAAUGACAUUCAAUGCAUCGGUGGAAUUGUCGGGACGAUGGCUUUUCGGUGCCUUCAUGUGUAACGUGUGGAAUAGUUUGGAUGUUUAUUUCUCCACAGCGAGUAUCCUCCAUCUGUGUUGUAUUUCCGUUGAUCGGUACUAUGCAAUAGUUCGUCCCCUUGAGUAUCCGCUGAACAUGACUCAUCGCACAGUUUUUCUCAUGUUAGCGAACGUAUGGCUCUUGCCUGCACUCAUUUCCUUUACGCCAAUCUUUUUGGGUUGGUACACCACGAAGGAGCAUCUCGACUGGAUGAAGGAAAACCCAGAUACAUGCAUUUUCAUCGUUAACAAAACGUACGCAAUAAUUUCGAGUAGUGUCAGUUUUUGGAUACCAGGCGUCGUCAUGAUAACCAUGUACUGCCGAAUUUACAGAGAGGCAGUUCGUCAGCGAAAAGCUCUAAGUCGAACUAGCUCGAAUAUUCUGCUGAAUAGUGUUCAUUUGGCUCAUACACAACAUAACAUGCAUCAUACUCAUCAUAUGAAUUAUCUGCAUCCCAGCGACUGUGAUCUAGAUUUGACUCUGAAGCAGCUACGACGUGAUAGUCACAGUUCAGUGAGUAAUGUAGAGAUACAAGUGUUUCCUUCAACGGAGAAGGAUGAUGAAUUGCGAGUACCGUCGCCGAUUCCGCCUCGUCGCCUGAGCCGGAGUAGCAUUGAUUUGCGUGACUUGGAGCUGCAGCAUGAAAAAAUGUCCCACACCGAUUCAGCACCCUCAAUUGUGGGUAUCGACAAAUACCUCAAGAGCUCCGAUAGUGAACCAUUAAGGAUAAAGUCGCAACAGCAGCAGCACCAGAAACUCAACAACUUCCUACAGCCCUUCUUUUCUAAAACCAACCUCAUACGGCAUCCCCUUGACUAUCUCCAUUCCAGCCUCAAUGGCAGAAGUCGCAAAAAUGCUUCAUCGACGGCGGACGAUGCAUCGAAGGCUUCGUGCGACAAUAUCGAUGAGGUGUCCUUCGGCAAGGACUCCAAGGAAAAUUUCAAAUAUACCAAAGUGCCAUUUGGAGCUCUCAGUGAUUCCGAUUUUCUGGCAUUGAAGCACAAGCCCGAUACCAAUGUCAGCUCAACUCUGUCGGAUUCCGAAUUUCUCAUAUCCUGCAGCCCAAGUGGCGGGAAUAAGGUGAAGAAGGCCAAUGUUAAAAGUGAAAUGGCAAUUACAAUCAAAACCGACGUGAUUAAGAAUCUCAUUGGGCGCGGCAAAAAGUCCAGCCUGUCGCAUCAGCAUCGAACACGUGUAUUUAGCGAUGGGAACUUUGAGGAUGCUUCCACACAGAAAAGGAACACCACCAAGCAAUCCCGACCCCGUGUCCUCAGUGAAGGCAACGAGGCACGUAAUGACGCUGCCUUCGCGCCCGAGAGACAAUCAGACACCCCCGACAUCCUAAUAGGGCUUCUCAAUUUUAGUGACAAUGAAGAGCGCCAAUUCAGCAUUGACUCUUGUGGCGAUGUCGAUGGGCAAUUCGUUGAGAAUCUUUUGUCGGAGGCGCCCAAAGUAGCUCCAAACAAUGUAAAUAUCAGCAUGAUUGAUUUUAUGAAUUCUUCCACAAAUGCCACACAGAAGCGCGAGGAGGGUCACCCAAGGAGCACAGAUGUUGUUUUAAUUAGUGAUAUGGUGUCACCCAAUAAGUUUCUACUCAUGGACCUCAACGAGGAGGAACAUAAAAUAUCCAGUAGUGGCAUUCUCGAGCCAAUUAGACAAUCCCUACACUCAGAUGAUCUCCUCGAUGCUGCAGUUGCAUUCACACCAAUCACAUUUAAUGCACCACACCUGAGCAAUGCGUCCACCCUAUCGCUGGACAUCGUUACGGGUAGUGCCACACAUCCACCGAUUCUAAAUGCCAAGCCUGAAAUUAUAAUGGACUCAACACUAAAUACUUCAAGUCCACCGGCGCCCGAGACAGCGGAUGGGGAUGGUCAGUUUCGGAGGGAGUCCAUGGAUGAGUCGAGUGGUAUGAAAUUAAAAUCACCAAGUGCUUUAUUGAGACGAGAUGAAACAGGAGCACGACUCAGGCGACCAUCAGCUGUUACAUAUGACGUGAAUGUAAUAAAUUUCUGUCAGGAGAAUAACGAGGGAAAUGAUGGCACAGCGGCACGUCGAUCAACCAGUUCCGCAAGUCCACAGCACAAUACUUAUUCCACCCCUUCUGCCACAACUAGCCAGAUUAGACGUGGCGGAAUUUGUGUCGUAAUCGAUGAUGAAUCCGGUUGUUGGGAAGAACAGGAUUCUACGGCCAUAAAGCGUAAAAGAAAAUUAUGGUUUUUUUCCGGACGCGAUAACUUAUCAAGUCAGGGUGAUAGUUUUCAGACUACACCUAAAGGUGGAUCCGUUCGGCAAACAAAGGGUUGGCGUGCUGAGCACAAGGCUGCAAGAACGCUAGGCAUCAUAAUGGGUGUGUUUUUGCUCUGCUGGCUACCAUUCUUCCUAUGGUACGUUAUCACUACGCUGUGCGGAGAAGCAUGUCCAUGCCCUGAUAUUGUGGUAGCCGUUCUAUUUUGGAUUGGCUAUUUCAACUCCACCCUCAAUCCACUAAUUUAUGCAUACUUCAAUCGUGACUUCAGGGAAGCCUUCAAGAAUACCCUCCAGUGUGUCUUUCCGUGCUGGAUGAAGAAGAGCCCCUACAGUGCAUACUAUGUGUAAAACAUGGGGUCCCUUUUCCCCCGCCCAUUUACCCUUAUCCCCCCCCCCAACCCUCAACGCAUGACCUCUAACUGCUUUUGGAGAAGUGAGAAAAACAAAUAAAUAGCAUUUGACGUUACACACCCUCCCCAAAAUCACAUCAAUAUUACUCGUAAAAAGUUUCCUGUGGUAAAUUACGGAUAAUUGAGGACGCAAUACACGCAAUAAAUUAAUAAGAAUUAUUUGUAGUUCUUGUGAAUAUACAUGAAAUGUCGAAUUGAUUUAUAUAAUGUACUAGUUGUAUGUAUGAUACGUAGCUAAAUAUUAAUAUAAAACACUGUUAAAUGGCAAUAAUUACUGUAAUAACAUUGAACAAUGUCCAGGUCAGAUAAACGUUGAGUGUAAAUACAUAUACUUACAUAUAGGUAUAUAUAAUAAUAAAGUUUUGUGUAAUAUUGCGGUCGUUUACACACACAAAAAAUAUUUACUAAAAUACGAAUAUUAUACUAUUUCAGACAAGAAAUAAAUCGAAUAGCGAGGUAAAUGUGAAGUAUCUCUAUAAUAUGCGAUUAGCGAGUAUGGUUAAAAAAAAAACAUAAGGAAUUUGCGUCAAAUAAGUGAUCCUGAGAAGCAUUUUAAAAAAUGGACUUUUGUAUUAAUAUUGGGCAUCUUAUUUUUCCACUAAACUCUCACUGAUUUAUUAAAAAAUAAAUAAAUAAAGCAAUUUGAAAAGUAAAUAAAAUUUUUUUAGACAUGCAUUUUAAAUGAUUAAUUUAUUCCCAUGAAUUUGAUAUUAAAUUAGAAAUUAUAAAUUUAGCUGUGAUUAUAAUGUUUAUACGAUGUAAGGAUGAUGUCACAUGUUUUCAUUGACAAAGACGUUCAGUAGUAAUCUUAUAAAUUGAUAAGAGGAGAUGGGAUUAAUGCAUUACAUUUAAAGGAUUAUAUUAUUAUUAAUAAAAUUAUAGGUAUUUCAAAAAGAAAUAUAUUUAGUCGAAAUGAGUUCAUGUCUUUAGAGGGAACUUUGUUGAACUUACCAUUAUAAUUUUAAGAGAUAUAUAAAUAAAAUACGGAAAAAUGCUUA